AUGUCGGAGAGGGCUGUACCUCCCGAGCGAGCUCCAAAGAGAAGGAAGAAUAAGAAACCCUCAACACCUUCUAGGUCGCAAAGACUGGUGGAGGGAGAUCCUCGGACCUUCCAAGAGGCUUCCAAGAGCGACGCCACUGGGGGUUCGGGGGACCCAUCUUCCGAACCCCGAACGCGCAGUAGGAAACCUCCACCGCGCUUGCACCCCCGUCGAUCCCUUAUGAAGAUGAUUCAACAACCAUCGCACAGUUCGGUUUUUAAACGAAUAUUAACGCCAUUAGCACCAACGGGGUGUUCAGAGCUGACGGGGGAGGCUUCGCUGGAAGAGGCUUCGGCGUUAUCAACGAAGGAAAUAUUAGCACGCCGAACGAAACGCCGUAGGACGGAGACCACCUCCCCAGCUGCCACUCCCUCCGAACCUCCGGCUCCUAAAGCCAUCAAUGUUCCCUCAACAACUCUGAUCCUACCGGGGACCCUACGAACCCCGAACGAAACCGACUACUGCACCAAUAUUCUGAGGAACCUUACAGAGUUCCAAGGUUUGGUCUCUCGGCGAGAAUAUGAACUUCACGCCCAGAUCCUUUCCCUGGAGUCCGAGGUCGAAAGGCUCCAAGGGCUUGAGUCCCUCUCCACCCAACUGUCAAGUCUUGAACACCGCGUUCACAUUUUAACCAAGUCUAUUGAGCUGGCACAAGAAGAUGCCAGACUCGCCAACAAAGCCGAAGCUCAAGUGCGCGAGGAUCUAGAGUUAGUCCAGAAAAACAUGCUCGAGGCUAAUCAGGCCAAUUCCCGGCUAGGGGAGGAACUGGACGCCACUAAGGGUGUUAAUAACCAGCUUCAGGAGGAUAUAAAAAGGCUUACUCUAGAGCUUAAGGAGGCCAAGAAGGGACAGGUCGAAGCGCUGGAGUCUUAUUCCUGGUGCAAGGAAGACCUUCGCACUGCUCAUGUCCAACUCCAAUCCGCCCUCAAGGAUGCCCAAGUGGCUUUUCAAAAUGGUCAUGAGGAUUUCCGAAGCUUCGAAGCUUAUGCCGCGGAGCUAGAAGAAGUUCUUUGGGGUGGGCUCGAGCACAUGAAGAAACUCGUCAAAGAGCGCUUCCCAAACCUAGAUGUAGACUCCAUCCCCUUCGAUGUUGUUGCCGCCUUGUCCUCUUUAGAGUAG